AUCCGCGGUGGACUGAUUCUAACAUGUUGUAUACUGCAUAUGGCCGGCGACGGCACCUCAUUUCAAACAUGGAUGCAGAUCUGGGCGGAGGAGUGCCGUCGCGCACAAAAACUGAAAAUAACCAAUCCUGCCGUACUCCCGCCAGCCAUUUUCACAGACUGUGAGAAAGUCAUGCGCGCCUCAGGGCGUAACCCAGGCCGAAUGGAAGACCACCCGGAAUACGUCGUCCUCCCGUUCAAGCCGCCCGAAGGCCUGCCGCCGAAGAUGCUGCCAAGAACCACCGGGCUCAGGCCUUCUAUUUCUCGCCGGAGGCUCUGGCUGCAUUGAAGAUGGACGCAUCACCCAGAAAUGCAUCGGAACCGACAGACGUUCCGUGGAUAUCGACCAACGAUGCUCUGUCCGCAUUGCUCUGGCGAACGGUAAUGGCCGUCCAGUGGCCGCUAGAAACCCUAGAUGGCGUCAACCAGGAUCAAGAAUCAUUCUUCAACAUCGCCCUGAAUGGCCGCUUACGGACUGAUCCUCCAGUCCACCCGAACACGCAUGGCUGCUUUUCCGAAUACAUCGGCGUAUCGAUGCCCGUUCGCAAGAUGCUCACUUCCGCCCGCUUGGCCGAUCUAGCUGUCUUGAUCCGGAAGGCAUUGCACCGAGUGAGCAAUCAGCACACCGACGACGUGAUUUCCUUGAUUGAGCAGCUCGACGAUAUUAGGAAGAUAUUCCCGGCGUCACUGGUUGAUCUACCAGGAUUUAAUUGCAUGCUGACUUCGUGGGUUGACUAUGCAUUGUAGAAGCUGGACUGGGGUACGUUGCUGGGAGGAUAUAUUGAGUCGGUGCGGGCGCCACAUGUCGGGGUGAUCAAUGGGUUGCAGGUGGUGUUUCCAAAUCCGCGCGAGGGAGGAAUGGAGGUUCUGGUUGGGGUUGCGGAUGGAUGUUUGGAGAGACUGCUUAAUGAUCCGCUAUGGAUGAAGUAUGCCGUGGCGCGGUGGAUCUGUUCCGGAACAUGUAUGAUGGUAAAUAUGGCUUGGUUUUGUACUGCUCUUUCGGGGAUGUCAACGCAGGUGGUAUGUAAAUCCUUGGCACAUGCAGUAGCUGCAGGGUUUCGCAUAUUCAUUGCCUAUCUGGUGGUAGAAAUGUAGCAUCAAAUCAUAUGAAGUAGGGUAUUAUAAGAAGAUAUACAG